AUGGCAAGAAGUCGAAAGAAACUUGGUGAAAUCCUAGUUGCUCAAGGUGUCAUCGAUGACAACCAAGUCAACGAAGGACUCAAGAAAGCCCAAGAAGACAGCACACGCAUCGGCGAAGCUCUCGUCGAACUCGGACUCGUAUCAGACCACCAAGUGCUCAAAGCACUCGCGGCUCAGCACGGGAUCAAAUAUGUCGAUCUCUCAAAUGAGAAAAUCGCCAAGUUGAUCGAUAAGGACGCGAUUGACAAGAGCGUCAUGAAGAAGCACCUUGUACUCGGGAUGGGCAAAUCCGGCGGCAAGAUGCGAGUUGCCAUCCACGACCCACUCGAUCUUGAAGUACUCGACAACCUCCGCUUCGUGCUCAACUGCGAGAUCGAGCCUCUCCUCGCAACCAAAGCACAGCUCAAAGAAGUCAUUGCAGGCGAAGAAGCAUCCGAGAGUGCCGGGAUGCCCAAAGAAUCUUUGGUCACCGACUCGAUUGACCGCUCGAUUGAUCGCUCAGUCGACCGUUCUAUGGAUAAGUCGAUUGAUGUAUCUUCCGAAGAUUCCCCUGUCGUCAAACUGGUGAAUCGCGUGCUUGAUGAAGCGGUCCGCAUGCGGACCUCUGAUAUCCAUGUUGAACCAAUGGGUGAUCGGGUCCGUCUUCGCUAUCGUGUUGACGGCGUGUGUUCAGAACGCGACAAUCUCCCCAAGCGCAUGCAGAACGCGGUCCUCUCAAGACUAAAACUCAUGGCUGGGAUGAAUAUCUCCGAGAAACGCAUCCCGCAAGACGGUCGCAUUAAGAUUCAUGUCGAUGAAGUGCCAAUCGAUUUCCGUGUCUCGGCAUGUCCAGCGUACCACGGCGAAUCCGUGGUACUCCGUAUUCUCCGUCCUGACGCAGUCCGAAUCGGUCUCGAAAACCUCGGAUUCGAGCCUGAAAACCUCGAAACAUUCAACCGAGUUAUCAAGCGACCCAACGGCAUCUUCCUCGUGACUGGACCAACAGGUUCUGGCAAAACCACGACGCUCUACUCAGCGCUCGAUGUGCUCAACCGUCCGGACAAGAAAAUCAUCACGGCUGAAGAUCCAGUCGAAUACAACUUCGACGGGAUUAACCAGUGUCAGAUCCGCGAAGACAUCGGAUUCACAUUCCCGAGCGUCCUGCGUUCGAUGCUCCGUCAAGCACCCAAUGUCAUCCUGGUCGGUGAAAUUCGUGACCGCGAAGUCGGCGAAAUCGCGAUCCAGGCAGCACUCACCGGUCACCUCGUGUUCUCGACCCUCCACACGAACGAUGCGCCGAGUGCGAUGACGCGUUUGAUCGACAUGGGAAUUAAGCCGUUCCUUGUCGCGUCCUCGAUCCAAGCGGUCAUGGCUCAGCGACUUGUCCGUGUGCUCGCAAACACCAAGACCCUCGCUGAAGAAGCUGAUCUAGAUCCGAAGUACCUAAAUCUCAUCGGACUCAAGAUGGAAGACGCGAUCGGUAAGGUGUACAAGCCUGUGCCGACCAACGACAUCCCAAGCGGUUUCAAGGGUCGAAAGGCGAUCUUCGAAAUGAUGCUCAUGAACGCAGAGAUCCGAGAUCUUGCAUUCAAGAAAGCCCAAGCAUCAGAGAUCCGAGUAGCCGCGAUCAAGUCAGGGAUGAAAGAACUCGUCGAAGACGGGCGUCUCAAAGUUCUUAAAGGAGUCACCACUCCGGAAGAGAUCGCGCGAGUCAGCCAAUCCGAAGGCCACUAA